AUGGACGCGCCCGGCGGAGCGCGGGAGCCCCGCUUCGGGUCGCCGUACGGUAUGGGACUCCUUGGGGAUGUUGGAGACAUGUACGGUGCUGGCCGGCCGCCCAGCUCUCUCGGUGGCGGAGGUCUACGACCAGGGAUGCAGCCCUGUCCGGUGCCCCGUACUGGUGUCAAGCGCCCGUCAGACCAGUGCUACGAUGAGCGACCAUCGCAAAGUCUCGGGCUUGAACAUUGCCCCAUGCCUGAUAUUGCUGAUGAUGGGUACGCUUCACUCCAGCCCAAGAAGUCACCUCCAUCUAAUGGCAAGAAGACGAAAGGCCGUGUUAAGAUUAAAAUGGAGUACAUAGAUAAUAAACUACGACGGUACACAACAUUCUCCAAGCGGAAGACUGGGAUCAUGAAGAAGGCAUACGAGCUUUCAACCCUAACGGGCACACAAGUGAUGUUACUAGUCGCAUCUGAAACUGGACACGUGUACACAUUCGCCACGCGGAAACUGCAGCCAAUGAUCACAUCGGAUUCCGGCAAACGGCUCAUUCAGACCUGUCUGAAUUCACCGGACCCGCCCACCACCAGUGAGCAGCGCAUGGCGGCCACCGGCUUCGAGGAAACCGAGCUCACCUAUAACGUAGUAGACGAGGAUAUGAAGGUGAGACAACUGGCGUACGGUGGGUCCGCGCAGUACCCCCUGGAACACCACCCGGGUCUAGCACCGUCACCGCUGCAGCAGUACCAUCAACACCCUCCCUGUCCGUCGCCACUUCCGCUCGGCUCGUUAGGUCAGCCGUACUCCCACCCCCAUCUAUCUCACCCUCACAUGUCGCAUCAUCCGCAACGGUAG